CCCUCACUCACUGUCUGUACUCUUCAGUCUGACUGCACUUUCUCUCUGAACUCACUUUCUUCAAGAUGAGAGCCGAGGCAUUGCCAUUCUUGAUAUUCUGUCUCAGUAUUGUUCAGUGUUUCUUCCAUGCAGCAGAAUCCAAUGGAGCCUCAGAGAAGCCUGAGACCGUUAGUUUUGAAACAGCAGGAGGGCUGAGACACAGCUUCCCUAAGGGGUUUGUCUUUGGAACUGCUACUUCUGCUUAUCAAGUUGAAGGCAUGGCUGAGAAGGAUGGUCGCGGGCCUAGCAUUUGGGAUGAAUUUGUUAAAAUUCCUGGGAUCGUUGCCAAUAAUGCCACAGGGGAAGUGGCAGUGGACCAGUAUCACCACUACAAGGAAGACGUAGAUAUCAUGAAAAUGUUGAACUUCGAUGCAUACCGGUUCUCGAUUUCAUGGUCCAGAAUUUUCCCUGAUGGAACUGGAAAAGUGAAUUGGUUGGGAGUUGCAUACUACAACAGGUUGAUCGACUACAUGAUAGAAAAAGGCAUUACUCCAUAUGCGAAUCUUUAUCACUAUGAUCUUCCCCUAGCACUUGAGAAGAAGUAUAAAGGAUUGCUGAGUUACCAAGUAGUGAAAGACUUUGCUGAUUAUGCAGACUUCUGUUUCAAGACCUUUGGAGACCGAGUGAAGAAUUGGAUGACAUUCAAUGAACCCAGAGUGGUAGCUGCACUUGGAUAUGAUAAUGGAUUAUUUGCUCCUGGCAGGUGUUCCAAAGCAUUCGGGAACUGUACAGCCGGCGACUCUGCAACAGAGCCUUAUAUUGUUGCUCAUCAUUUGAUUUUAUCUCAUGCAGCCGCAGUUCAGAGAUACCGCGAGAAGUAUCAAGAAAAACAAAAGGGAAGGAUUGGGAUUCUCUUGGAUUUUGUUUAUUACGAACCUCUUACCAGCUCAAAAGCUGACAACUUAGCAGCUCAAAGAGCAAGAGACUUUCACAUUGGAUGGUUUAUCCAUCCUAUUGUGUAUGGUGAAUAUCCAAAAACAAUGCAAAAUAUUGUCGGGAAUAGACUACCCCAGUUUACAAAAGAAGAAGUUAAGAUGGUGAAGGGCUCAAUGGAUUUUGUGGGCAUCAACCAAUAUACAACUUUCUACAUGUAUGAUCCUCAUCAGCCUAAACCGAAGUACUUGGGCUACCAGCAAGAUUGGAAUGUUGGAUUUGCUUAUAAGAAGAAUGGAGUGCCAAUUGGUCCAAGAGAAAAUUCUAAUUGGCUGUACAAUGUACCAUGGGGUAUGUACAAGGCUGUGAUGUACAUAAAAGAGCGCUAUGGCAACCCUACAAUUAUACUAUCUGAAAAUGCAACCAGGAUAUCGAUCUCAGUCUCAGCUCUCAUUAGCCAGGCUCAGAAACUGCAAAUAGCCAUGCAGACAUGCAGAUGCAGUCCUCGUCUUUGGUGGACAACAAUAGCGCAACUUCUACUGACCUUGCUACCUCACAGUUUGAUCUCAAAUCCACAUCUUAAUACCAAUUUCUCAGUGGCCUAUUUCAGAAUUUCGAUGAAAGGUUCCUAAUAGUUACGCAAAAAUGGGCUAUGAAUUAUAACCACGGAGAUGGAAAGCUUACACACGAGAAAAGAAAUUCAAAAUAGUAUUCUUCGUGUUCUUUAAGCUCCUGUGCUUGCUUCUCUUCUCCUUUUCAUUUUUAUCUUUUUCGUUAGGACUCUUUUUAGGCUCAGAAUUCAUACUUUCUU